AUGUCUGAAAUAAAUUUUCCCAAUCAUACUCUCACAUUGCUUGAUGGAACUGAUAUAUUAUUGGAUAUUCCACGAGAAUUCCCGCCACCAAAACAAAUAUCUCUACCAGUAAAAGAACAUUAUAAGAUGGUAAAAUAUUACAUAACAGCAUUGGGAAUAGAUAAUAACGAAAUUUAUCUUAAGGAACAUUUCCUCCGUGGAUUGUCUCACAAUAAUCAGUUAGAAGCCAGAAAAUAUGGAUUAGACCUGACAUCAGAUGAGCUAGUAGAGAAGCUAAAACAA